GGAUUUAUCGUCGGCAUUAUAUACGUUUUUCAAACCAUCAUGGUUGACUGGGGACUCGAGAUWUUUUAUGCGCCGUGAUGCUCUCACGUCGCUAAACCUUAUCUCCUUGAAGAGAAAUCUCGACAUCUUGAAUAAGUGUUCUUUUAUGCGUAAUAGAAUACUUGAAGCGAUACUUCCACUGCUUUUGAAAUCUGAGACCACAAGUUUGACGUCAUAGCCGGCACUAAUGAUGUGCUUCGCGGGUUCUCAGUGACAGGGGUCGAACAGGAAUAUAAAUGUAAAUGAAAGCCGUGUUACGGUUUAUAAAGUACUGACCUUCACGCUUAGUUCAGAUUUCUCUGGCCAGCUAAAGCUGCCACGCUGAAAACAGCUCGCAAUCCAUCAUUCAGGAGAAUGGAAAAACUUAUUGUGUUAGCAUAUGUUUUAAUUGCCUCGUUGUCUGGGUUCAUUGCUGCAUCGCUAGCAACRUCCCAUCAUCACAAACAAGAACUGAUCGAAGGAGACAUUCUCCUAACACGACCCGUCAAGAAGCUGAUUUCACUGAAGCAUCGCACAAGACGAGAAGUAACGACACAACUGAUUAGGCGAUGGAGCAACAGUGUUGUGCCGUAUACUAUAGACCCUAAAUUAGGUAAAGAUGCUCGAAGAGCUAUACGAAAAGCCAUUAGAGAGUUCCACAAACACACAUGCGUUGAGUUUAUCCCCAAGACAAACCAGAAGGACUACAUUUAUUUCAAACGUGACUAUGGAUGCUAUUCUCCCAUUGGUCGGCAGGGAGGACGACAAAAAUUAGCCGUAGGGGAGGGUUGCGAGUACAAGGGGACCAUUAUGCACGAAUUGAUGCACGCACUUGGAUUCUUCCACGAACAUUCCCGCUUUGAUAGGGACAAGUACGUCAAGAUUCUUUGGUGGAACAUUGAACCAAAUUUUGUUAAGAAUUUUGAAAGUUAUAGUCAUGGUGAUGUAGAUACACUGGACACCCCUUACGACUACAACAGCUUAAUGCACUAUGAUAAUCUUGCCUUCAGCAAGAACAGACAGAAUACCAUCGAAGCAUUGGAUGACUCCUCUAAACAACUUGGCCAAUUAGACAGCUUUAGUGCGACAGAUAUCAAGCAGUUACUCAAAAUCUAUAAGUGUCGAAGUAUUGACAAAGAUCCUUUACCAGCACAGCCAAUGAGGAGUAAGACAAGCGAGAAGGAUGAAAGUCAAGAAAAUCAGAAAACUUCUGAAACAAAGCGGCAUUUAGCCAAUUGUAAAGACCUCUUUCCUUCCACUUGUAAAGUUUUCGCUUCUUACAAAGGAUAUUGUAAAUACUGGAAGUCGUUUAUGGAGAAACAAUGUCCAUUAUCAUGUGGAAUGUGUAAAAAAGAAAUGAAGAGAUUUAGUAUAUGGAACCCAGAGAACUACAAGCCACGACAAAACGGACGACGCAACGACUGAUCUUUGAGAAGAAUGACUAGAAAAUAUUGAUUUCGCUGUAAAAAUAUUCGUUCGCAAUUUAUUUUACUAUUUUACAAAUUCCAAAAUUUAGCAAUAAUUUUUAAUGACCUUUUAAGAUUAAAUAGACCAUUACCUUUUUAAAAGUGGAAAAUUUUACUGUAAAUAUUUGCAGUGGUGUUUCCCAUCUGUAAAAGAUAUAUUUAUGAAACCAAAGCCAGGAUAUAGACUGCUUAUUUUUGUACAUGUAUUUAUAGUUCUCUUUUGUAUAUAAAUCAAAUAAAAAACUUAUGCUUCAAA